AUGAAGACCUCAAUCGUUCUCAGCGCGCUUUCCGCUUUCUUGACCGCAUCCGUCACCGCAGCGCCCUAUGGCACUGCCUCAUCCUCUUCAUCGAUCUCCGCAACGGCCGUAGAGGUCCCCACCCCCACCGCAUCAACCAGCCACAAGACCGGCGGCGAAGAGUACGUCGUCAUCUUCGACAGCUCCAAGCCCCAACCCCCGCACGUCGAAGAGGUCCUCGCACGCCUCGAGCUCGACCCCAACCACCCCGAUGUACGCUACACCUUCAACAAUGGUGCUUUCCGCGGUUUCGCCGCCAGCAUGAAGCACCACUGUCUCUCGCAACUCGCCAACAUGACCGACAUCAGCAUGGUCGAGAAGUCUGUCAAGCUCAGCACGCACGCGACCCAGAUCCGCUCCGGCGCGCCCUGGGGCCUGCAGCGCAUUUCGUCGGCCAAGACGCCCACGGGCGACCCGACGGCUACGGACUUUACGUAUUCAUUUGAGCAGCAGUCCUCCGGUCUCGGCGCGGGCGUGGACAUCUACGUCGUCGACACGGGCGUGAAUGUCGAGCACGUCGUCUUCGGCGGGCGGGCUAAGAUGGGCUUCUCGUUCCAGAACGACGCCUCCGACGGCGACGGGCAUGGCACGCACGUCGCGGGCACGGCGGCCGGCUCCAACUUCGGCGUCGCCUCCGGCGCCAACGUCAUCGGCGUCAAGGUGCUCGGCGCCGACGGCUCAGGCCUGACUUCUGACACCCUGGCCGGCAUGGACUACAUAAUCCGCCAGCACAACGCGCGCAAGAACCAGCCCGGCUUCGUCGGCUCCAUCAUGAGCAUGUCCUGGGGCCUGGACUCCGUCUCGCAAGCGAUCCAAAGCGCCAUCACCUUCGCCGUGCAGCAGGGCAUCCACGUCAGCGUGGCAGCGGGCAACGCCGCGCGCGACGCAUGCGAGACGUCUCCCUCCGCCGCGGGCGGCGCCACAGGCGGCGCCGUGAGCGUCGGCAGCGUCGGCAUCGACGACCAGAUCUCCGCCUUCAGCAACAACGGCGCGUGCGUGGACCUCUACGCCCCCGGAGAAGACAUCCUUUCCGCGUGGACGGGGAGCCCGAACGUGAUCAACUAUCUCAGCGGGACGAGCAUGGCGUGUCCGCACGUCACGGGCGUGAUGGCGUACCUGAUGGCCAAGGACGCCAGCUUGCGCAGUCCGGGCGCCAUGAAGGCGUUUCUGAAGAGCUCGGCGCUCAAGGGCGUUGUCAAGGGACGCGCGCGCCAGGGGGAUCCCAUGUUGCUGGUCAACAAUGGCGUUUUGGAGGCCCAGGUGCCUGUUGCGCGCCGCGGCUGGAGUGGACUUGACAGGCCGCUCUCUGUGCUGUCCAAGCUGUUCGGUGGGAAGGAUGAGGAGGGGGAGAAGAAGUUCUUGAUGGCGAGGGGGGAGGAGAUGUUCCAGCUGAGGUAUUAG